AAGAAGGCUAUUUCGUAUGAGCCGCCGGGAAGAAACAUUUACAAAAAGGUGAUGAAUGCUAACCUCUUACUAUCUUCAAACCCUUCAACUCUGUGCCAAACAUCGGACCAUCUCCACCGCCAAGACCCUCCAUGCGCAGAUCCUGAGGCUUGGUUUACACCUCUUUGGCCCUUUACCCAACUCCCUGAUCGAUGUUUACGGCAAAUGCGGCUUCCUUCGCGAUGCCCUGUACUUGUUCGACGAAACGCCUCACAGAGACCAUGUUUCCUGGGCCUCAAUUCUCACUGCUUACAACCAAGCUGACCUCCCAGGCAGAACUCUCUCCAUCUUCCCCACCAUGUUUUCUCGUGACAGCUUGCAUCCAGACCAUUUCGUCUUCGCUAGCCUGGUUAAGGCCUGCGCUAGUUUUGGUGCUAUCAGGCAGGGCAAGCAAGUGCAUGGCCGGUUCAUUGUUUCGUGUUUUUCGGAGGAUGAUGUUGUUAAGUCGUCUUUGGUUGAUAUGUAUGCAAAGUUUGGAUUGCCUGAUAGUGCUCGUGCUGCUUUUGAUUCCAUUGAACAGAAGAAUUCGAUUUCCAGGACAGCAAUGAUAUAUGGAUAUGCUAGAAGCGGAAGGAAGAAGGAAGCAAUUGAGUUCUUUCAGAGAUUGGCAGUUAGGAAUUUGUUUUCCUGGACUGCUUUGAUAUCCGGGUUGGUGCAGAGUGGGAAUGGGAUUGAAGCUCUUUGUUUGUUUAUUGAAAUGAGAAGAGAGGGGGUUGGGAUUGUAGACCCUUUAGUUCUUUCGAGCAUUGUUGGUGCUUGUGCUAAUUUGGCUGCGCUGGAGCUUGGAAAGCAGGUUCAUGGCCUUGUUAUCCGUAUUGGCUAUGAGUCUUGCUUGUUUGUAAGUAAUGCAUUCGUGGACAUGUACGCCAAAUGUAGUGAUAUAUUAGCAGCAAGAAGCAUCUUCCAUGCAAUGCAGCGUAGAGAUGUUGUUUCUUGGACGUCAAUUAUAGUCGGGAUGGCUCAGCAUGGGCGAGCUGACAGAGCAUUGAGCUUAUAUGAUAAUAUGGUCUCAGCUGGAAUAAAGCCAAACGAAGUGACCUUUGUGGGAUUGAUUUAUGCUUGUAGCCAUGUCGGGUUGGUCAAAAAAGGCCGUGAGCUUUUCAAAUCAAUGAUUGAAGAUUACAGAAUCCGACCUUCAUUGCAGCACUAUACAUGCUUGUUAGAUCUUCUUGGUAGAUCGGGGCUCCUCGAUGAGGCUGAGUCUCUACUUCAAGCAAUGCCAUAUGAGCCUGAUGAGCCAACAUGGGCAGCCUUCUUAAGUGCUUGCAAGCACCAUGGGAACACCAAAAUGGCUAUUAAGGUGGCUGAUCAUUUAUUUAACUUGAAACCAGAAGACCCUUCAACAUAUAUACUCUUAUCCAAUAUCUAUGCUGGUGCUUCUAUGUGGACUAGGGUAUCGGAGUUGAGGAGGAAAAUGGGGUUACUGGAAGUCAAAAAGGAACCAGGGUAUAGCUCCAUUGACAUUGGGAAGGACAGCCAAGUGUUUUAUGCUGGAGAGACAUGUCAUCCUCUUAAGGAGGAGAUAUUUUGUUUGCUCAAGGAGCUGGAUUCUGAGAUGAGAAGAAAAGGGUAUGUUCCUGAUACCAGCUUUGUUUUACAUGACAUGGAGCUGCAAGAGAAGGAAAGACAGCUUUUCUGGCAUAGUGAGCGGUUGGCUGUGGCCUAUGGGCUGCUUAAGGCUGUUCCGGGAACAACUAUAAGGAUAGUAAAAAAUCUUCGCAUUUGUGGGGACUGCCAUACUGUUCUAAAAUUCAUUAGCGACAUUGUGAAGAGAGAAAUUAUUGUUCGGGAUGCCACUAGAUAUCACCAUUUCAAGAAUGGAAAAUGUUCUUGCAGUGAUUUUUGGUGAUAGCAUAUGAUUGCCGUGGGAAUCUUGUCUUGUUUUCGUAUAAUUCGUUGAUCUUGAAGACUCUUAUUUUAUGUAGGUUCUUUGGAGAUUCCGUUUGAUGCUUGCCUAAUCAUCUCCUGGAGUUCACCUUCAAUCUUUGCUUCACUCUUUACAGAGAAAUCGAGUGGAAGAUCCCAGAGCAUCACGGGACGGUGAGGUGCUGCAACAAGUGUCAUGGGCACGCCAGCCCAAUGGAAGUCAUGUUUGGCACCAGA